UUUGAUAAUGGAGUUAAUUAGAAGAAGAAAACCACUUCAUCAAAAUGAAAUUCCUCCACAAGAACUUGAUGACGUUGAUGAUAAAAAAACUAAGAAGAAGAUUGGUAUGACGAAGCAGAAAUGGUCAUGUAUAGACAGUUGUUGUUGGUUCGUGGGAUACAUUUGUACUGUAUGGUGGAUUUUAUUAUUUUUGUAUAAUGCCAUGCCAGCUUCAUUCCCACAGUACGUAACAGAGGCGAUUAAUGGACCGGUAGCUGAUCCCCCGGGUGUCAAGCUACAAAAUGAAGGGCUAAAGGCUAAACAUCCAGUAGUUUUUGUUCCUGGGAUUGUUACUUGUGGCCUUGAGUUGUGGGAGGGACAUCAGUGUGCUGAUGGAUUAUUUAGGAAGCGGCUAUGGGGUGGAACUUUUGGCGAAGUGUAUAAAAGACCGUUAUGUUGGGUGAAACACAUGUCAUUGGACAAUGAAUCUGGAUCGGAUCCUCCGGGGAUUCGGGUUAGGCCAGUUGCCGGACUUGUUGCUGCAGAUUACUUUGCGCCUGGAUAUUUUGUGUGGGCAGUUUUGAUUGCUAACUUGGCGCGAAUAGGAUAUGAAGAGAAAACAAUGUAUAUGGCUGCAUAUGACUGGAGGCUUUCAUUUCAGAAUACUGAGGUGCGUGACCAUACAUUAAGCCAGAUAAAAAGCAAUAUAGAGCUGAUGGUUGCAUCUAAUGGAGGCAGUAAAGCAGUAAUUGUUCCACAUUCCAUGGGGGCUAUUUACUUUUUGCAUUUUAUGAAGUGGGUGGAGGCACCAGCUCCAAUGGGCGGUGGCGGCGGUCCUGAUUGGUGCGCCAAGCAUAUUAAAGCAGUGAUGAAUAUUGGUGGGGCACUUCUAGGUGUUCCUAAAGCAUUAGCUGCACUUUUCUCAGCUGAAGCGCGAGAUAUAGCCGUUGUAAGGUCUAUAGCACCAUCUGUUAUGGACAAGGAUUUAUUUCGUAUUCAAACACUACCACAUAUAAUGAAGAUGAUACGGACAUGGGAUUCAGCCAUGUCUAUGAUACCCAAAGGAGGAGAGACGAUCUGGGGUGGUCUUGACUGGUCUCCGGAAGAAGGUUAUUCUCCUCGUAAAAGAAAGCUAAGAGACAAUAUUGGGCAAAUGUCAAGCCGUCAUGAUAAUGAAACUAUAAAAUCUAAAGGACAACUUAACUAUGGAAGGAUGAUAGCAUUUGGAAAGGAUGCAGAAGAGAAACAUCCAUCAGAUCUAAAGAGGAUUGACUUCAGGGGUGCAGUGAAGGGCACUAAUAUUGCAAAUAACACAUGUGAUGUGUGGACCGAGUACUCGGACAUGGGUGUUGGCGGUAUAAAAGCUGUGGAAGAAUACAAGGUUUAUACAGCUGGAGAUAUUUUGGAUUUACUCCACUUUGUUGCCCCAAAAAUGAUGGCUCGCGGAGGUGCUCAUUUUUCAUACGGCAUAGCUGAAAACUUAGACGAUCCAAAAUAUUCACACUACAAAUACUGGUCUAAUCCAUUGGAAACAAAGCUACCAAAUGCUCCUGACAUGGAGAUCUAUUCAAUGUAUGGAGUCGGCAUUCCAACUGAAAGAGCGUAUGUGUACAGGCAGGCGGCAAUAGCACAAUGUCAUAUUCCAUUCCAGAUUGAAACUUCAGCUGAUGAAGGGAAUGAAGGUUGCUUGAAUAACGGUGUUUUAACUGUUGAUGGCGAUGAGACAGUGCCUGUUUUAAGUUCAGGCUUCAUGUGUGCAAAGGGAUGGCGCGGAAGAACUAGAUUUAAUCCUUCGGGAAUCAAAACUUAUAUAAGGGAGUAUGAUCACGCUCCUCCCGCUAACCUUCUUGAAGGUCGCGGUACCCAAAGUGGAGCUCAUGUAGAUAUAAUGGGAAAUUUCGCUUUGAUUGAAGAUAUUAUGAGAGUUGCCGCUGGUUCUACUGGCAAAGACUUGGGAGGUGAUCAAGUACACUCGGAUAUCUUCAAGUGGUCUGAGAAGAUUAGUUUAAGUCUUUAGGGAAACUUUGGUUGUACUUCUCGUAUAUAGUGACUUGAUUCAACAUGACCUACUUGACGUAGCAGUUAGAAUAUCCCUUUCAUAUUACGACAUUGUGAUGGCGAUCAGUUUUUUGUCUUCAAGUUUCGUCAUGGCAAGCUGCCUGCUUCAUGAAUAUAGCCAUUCAUGUGGAAGCCGUAUCAGCUAGAAUGCAGGUUGCUUUGUGUAUCUCGCCAUGUAAUAUGUCAAAACUGGGCUUGUUGCCCAAAUCAGAAACAAGUAUGGAUAGAAUUGAUAUUGUACCAGAUGUGCAAAAAUCUAACCGAUCGAUAUUGUUAUUGGGUUAUUGGGUAAUGAUUUUUUAAUGAUUUUAUAAAAAAAUUUAUUGGGUUAUUGGUUCGGUUUGAUUUUUUUUUUAUUGGGUAAACCGAUAACCCAAUAAGAGUGUAUAUAUAUAUAUAUAUGAUUUAUUAUAUA